GAGAGAGAGAGAGGUACACUGACAGAAGCUAUGUAAAAUCUCUGCAACAGUGUAACAGAAACACAGACAGAGAAAGAAGAUAGUCUUUUAUAUUUUCAACCAAUACUGCUCUACUUCUUCUCCUUUUCUGUCAGAUCCCCCUACCCUCUAAACCCCAGGAAUCAAUAUAUCCCCAAGAAAAACCAGACCCCUCAAAGCUUUUAUUUCCUCACCAGUCCCUGAGUCCCUCCUUUUCUCCUCAAAGUCUUUAAGAGGCAGAUACACCUUUUUACCUGUGAAUAUCUCCUUGACAAUCAACCCAGAUUUUGUUGCCAAUUCAAUUCUCAAACCGAAAAGCCAGCAUUCAAUAGUGUAUUUGGCUGCGUCUGAGACACUACGACAAGUCUUUCAACUUACAGGAAAAAAAGGAAAGAGUAACAGACUGCUCUGGUUUUCUUCGUUAAUUUCAAAGGUUUCUACAUAUUAUAAAUACAAGGCCAGUCAUUCUAAACAAGGUCGAUUUUCUUAGUAGCAAUGUCGCAUUCAUCACCUCAGAAGCAAGCAGAGGACGCCAUGGUGAACCAGAGCAUCAUUGAUCAUGAAGACAGGGACGAAGUAAUCCCAGAUCAAACUCAAACUGGUUUCAGCAUCAGCAACUUUCUCUGGCAUGGUGGCUCUGUUUAUGACGCCUGGUUCAGCUGUGCAUCAAAUCAAGUCGCUCAAGUUCUUCUGACAUUGCCAUACUCUUUCUCUCAACUUGGUAUGCUCUCAGGCAUCAUCUUUCAAGUGUUCUAUGGCAUUUUGGGAAGCUGGACUGCUUAUCUCAUUAGUAUUCUCUAUGUUGAGUACCGAAGCCGAAAGGAGAAAGAAAAUGUUAGCUUCAAGAACCAUGUCAUCCAGUGGUUUGAAGUUCUAGAUGGUUUGUUGGGUCCAUACUGGAAAGCAGUUGGUUUAGCCUUCAACUGUACUUUCCUCCUCUGUGGAUCUGUCAUUCAGCUCAUAGGUUGUGCAAGUAAUAUCUACUAUAUAAACGACCAUCUGGACAAGAGGACAUGGACAUACAUAUUUGGAGCUUGUUGUGCCACCACUGUGUUCAUACCCUCAUUCCACAACUACAGAAUUUGGUCAUUUCUUGGUCUUGGAAUGACCACCUACACUGCUUGGUAUAUGACCAUUGCAGCAAUCGUUCAUGGCCAGGCUGAGGGUGUAAAACACUCAGGACCAGAUAAGUUGGUUUUGUACUUCACUGGCGCCACAAAUAUACUAUACACUUUCGGCGGGCACGCCGUCACUGUGGAGAUCAUGCAUGCAAUGUGGAAGCCUCAGAAGUUUAAGUACGUCUAUCUGUUUGCAACCCUCUAUGUAUUCACCCUAACCCUUCCAUCUGCUAGUGCUGUGUACUGGGCCUUUGGUGACGAACUCCUCACUCAUUCGAACGCCUUCGCCCUCCUUCCUCGAAAUGCUUGGCGUGAUGCAGGGGUUGUGCUGAUGCUCAUUCACCAGUUUAUCACUUUUGGGUUUGCUUGUACACCGUUGUAUUUCGUGUGGGAGAAAGUAAUAGGAAUGCAUGACACAAAGAGCAUUUGUCUAAGGGCGCUUGCCAGGUUACCUGUGGUGAUUCCCAUAUGGUUUUUGGCCAUCAUAUUUCCUUUCUUUGGUCCCAUUAACUCUGCUGUUGGAGCUCUUCUCGUCAGCUUCACUGUCUACAUUAUACCUGCUUCAGCUCAUAUGCUCACCUUCCGAUCUGCCUCUGCUCGAAAGAAUGCGGCAGAGAAGCUUCCCUUCUUCCUCCCUAGCUGGACUGGAAUGUACGUGGUGAAUGCAUUUAUAGUGGUGUGGGUGUUUAUAGUCGGGUUUGGAUUCGGAGGAUGGGCUAGCAUGACCAACUUCAUCAAGCAAGUCGACACUUUUGGGUUGUUUGCCAAGUGUUACCAAUGUCCACCGCGAGUCUCAGCUGCUCCACCACCACAUCCAUUGCAUCACUAAGAUCAGUUCUCAUCGUCAAUUAGUACAUGGUGUGAUGCAUUUUCCCCAUCUUUUGUGUAGCCUUUAAUUAUAGGCAGUAGUACUCUUUUGUGAAUGUGAAUGGUGCGUCUCUUUUAGAGUUCAGUCAAGCUGUUUUUGUUUGUGUUCUGUUUCAAGUAAUCAUGGCUAAUGUAUCAAUGGUUAUUAUGGGUUUUAAUAUAAA